UCUUUUUAUUUCUCAGGCUCCUUAAGAUAGCAGUCUCCAGUGUCUGUCUCCACAUACACACAUGUAUUCUAGUGUGUGCUGACUGCCCUACAGUUCCUGCAAGUAGCAUCAGAGAGGGAGUCACAGCUAACUGCAGCGCUCUCCUCUGUCAUUGUUUACUUUCACAGGCAUCUAAAGAGCUGCCACUGGCUUUCUCUCUGCCAGGUGUUCACAUUCUAGGCUCACUGCCUCCUCUGGCAUUUGUUGAAUCUGGAAAUCUCACACAGGGUCGUAGCACUAAAGAGCUGGACAAGAUGGCUCAGGUGUGCACCGGCACCGACAUGGAGCAACCUUUUGUCAAGCCACUCUUCUGCCGCAAAGGAGCUCUCAGGCAAAAACUAGUGCAUGAGGUCAAGAGUCACAAGUUCACUGCCAGAUUCUUCAAGCAACCGACCUUCUGCAGCCACUGCACGGAUUUCAUUUGGGGGAUUGGAAAACAAGGAUUCCAGUGCCAGGUUUGCAGCUUUGUAGUUCAUAAAAGAUGCCAUGAAUUUGUCACCUUUGAAUGCCCUGGUGCCGGUAAAGGACCACAAGCAGACGAUCCACGUAGCCGACACAAGUUCAAAGUUCACAGCUACAGCAGCCCCACCUUCUGCGAUCAUUGUGGUUCUCUUCUUUAUGGGAUGGUUCACCAGGGAAUGAAAUGUGCUUGCUGUGAAAUGAAUGUACACAAACGCUGUGUCCAGAGCGUGCCAAGUUUAUGUGGGGUGGACCAUACUGAGCGCAGAGGUCGGAUGCAAAUAAAGAUUGAGGCAAUUAAUGAUGAAGAGUUUCAGGUAACAGUAUGUGAAGCUCGGAAUCUUAUUCCUAUGGAUCCCAAUGGCUUGUCAGACCCGUAUGUGAAGCUGAAGCUCAUACCAGACCCAAAGAACAUGACUAAACAGAAAACCAAGACCGUCAAGUCUACACUUAACCCAAUUUGGAAUGAAGCCUUUAUCUUCUUCCUAAGCUCUCUAAAAUUAGGGGAUGGAGACAGACGUCUCUCUGUGGAAAUCUGGGACUGGGACCGUACAUCGAGAAAUGACUUCAUGGGCUCCAUGUCCUUUGGUGUCUCGGAAAUUAUGAAGAAUGCUGUUGAUGGCUGGUACAGGCUAUUGAACCAAGAAGAAGGCGAGUAUUACAAUGUGCCCAUAACUGAUGACCCAGAUGACUUUGGACUUCGGCUAAAGUUUGAGGCAUGCAAUUUCCCACUUGAACUUUAUGAGAAAGUUAGACGAGGUCCUGCCCCAAGUCCGAGCCCCACAGACUCUAAACGUGUGAGCUUUUUUGGCACAAGUCGCUUCCACAUCUCUGAUUUCAAUUUCCUCAUGGUACUUGGCAAAGGAAGUUUUGGAAAGGUCAUGUUGGCCGAGAGACGUGGUUCUGAGGAACUCUAUGCCAUCAAAAUUCUCAAGAAGGACGUAAUUAUACAGGAUGAUGAUGUGGAGUGUACCAUGGUGGAGAAACGUGUGUUGGCCUUGUCUGAUAGGCCCCAUUUCCUGACACAGCUUCAUUCUACAUUUCAGACUGUGGAUCGCCUUUAUUUUGUAAUGGAAUAUGUGAAUGGUGGGGACCUGAUGUAUCACAUCCAACAGGUUGGCAAGUUCAAGGAGCCCCAUGCCAUGUUUUAUGCUGCUGAGAUUGCCAUUGGUCUUUUCUUCCUCCACAACAAGGGAAUCAUCUACAGAGACCUGAAGCUGGACAAUGUUAUGCUGGACGCUGAAGGACACAUUAAAAUUACCGACUUUGGAAUGUGUAAAGAGAACAUUUUUAGUGGAGCUACUACUCGCACUUUCUGUGGAACUCCAGACUACAUCGCUCCAGAGAUUAUUGCAUAUCAGCCUUAUGGAAAAUCUGUUGACUGGUGGUCCUAUGGAGUCUUGCUGUAUGAAAUGCUUGCAGGACAGCCUCCAUUUGAUGGCGAAGAUGAAGAUGAGCUUUUCCAGUCCAUUAUGGAGCAGACCGUAUCUUAUCCCAAAUCUAUGUCCAGAGAGGCUGUCUCCAUAUGCAAAGGGCUGCUUACGAAACAUCCACUGAAACGCCUUGGUUCAGGCUGUGAUGGGGAACGUGAUAUACGCGACCAUGCCUUUUUCCGCUGGAUAGACUGGGAGCGUUUAGAACGUCUGGAAAUCCAACCACCCUUCAAACCACGUCCUUGCGGGAAAAGUGGAGAAAACUUUGACAAAUUCUUCACCCGAGCUGCUCCGGUUCUGACACCACCUGAUCAAAUGGUCUUAGCUGGCAUCGAUCAGAGUGAAUUUGCUGGGUUCACCUUCAUCAAUCCAGAGUUCGUUCACAGCAAUCCACAUAGCCCAGUGCCCAUAUCCCUGGUGUGACCUCUCCGCGUGUACCACAAGGAGCAGAUGGCUUUCUCUUGAAGCUCCCGUCCUUUGGCCAGCAUGGUAUACUCCUUGAUUAUGGCUUUCAUGGCAAUAUAUGCCCAUCUUCUUUCCUCCUUCCCUCCCUGCAUCUUGGAAAAGCACUCUGUGUUGUAACGUGCUCUGUGAGGGGCAAGGAUGCAAUAGUGAAUCCAUUCCUUCUGGGACCUCACACUGAUCUGGCAUUUCACUCUGUUCAGACCAUGUGAAACGCUGAUAAAUUUUUAAUUGUGUUCAUUUUUCCUCUGGGUUAUUCAGCAUCUCAAGAUAUUGUGAUACAGAAUCAAGCUCAUGUUGUGUCACCUGCAAUCAAGUGAGAAUUUAGAGUCACAUGCAGGAACCUGGAGAAGACAUGCACCUAUUGGUAAAGUUGGACCCUGACCAUGGAUGUUGAGUCUACAUAAUGAUCGCCUAGGAUUAUGCUUUGUUGAUGUGCAUCAUACUUGAAUUAAAACUCAGACAGACAUUAAGGAUCCAAUGUAAUUUUUGCAACCACCCCCCACAUCCAUCCCUUGGAAUGGACUGCACACUGCCUGCACCCCCGCCCCAAACUGAAUUUAGCACUGGCAUGCAUGGCCCUUUAAUAUACUUGUAUGUGUACAAUAUAUCU